CCGGUCCAGCCUGUUUAAACCGAAAGGACAGAGAUCCUGUCUGUUCAAUGUAAAAAAAAAGAAAAAGAAAAAAAGAAGAAGAAAAAAAAAAUCACAUCAGACCGAGAGAGAGGAAGAGGGAGAGGGGAAGAGAGAGAGAGAGAGACAGAGAGAGAGAGAGCAAGAGAAGAGAGGAGAGGAGAGAGAGCAUAGAACGAGAGCCGAGAGCAGAGCGAGGUGUAGGAAACCGAGGGGGAGAGAACCCGAGUGUGCGUGUGUGUGUGUGUGUGUGUGUGUGUGCGUGUGUGUGUGUGUGCGUGUGUGUGUAUGGUGUGUAUGUGUGUGUGCGCGCGUGUGUGUGUGUGAGUGUGUGUGCGUGUGUGCGUGUGUGUGUGUGUGCGUGUGCGUGUGUGAGCGCGAGCGAGCUAGUGAGAGAGGAGCGAGAGAGUGCGAGCGAGAAAGAAUAAAAGGAAAGAUUUUUCUCUAUGUAUAUAAAGAUGGCCACGUUAGCAAACGGACAGGCUGACAACGCGAGCCUCAGUACCAACGGGCUCGGCAGCAGCCCGGGCAGCGCCGGGCAUAUGAACGGAUUAAGCCACAGCCCGGGGAACCCGUCGACCAUUCCCAUGAAGGACCACGAUGCCAUCAAGCUGUUCAUUGGGCAGAUCCCCCGAAACCUGGAUGAGAAGGACCUCAAGCCCCUCUUCGAGGAGUUCGGCAAGAUCUACGAGCUUACGGUUCUGAAGGACAGGUUCACAGGCAUGCACAAAGGCUGCGCUUUCCUCACCUACUGCGAGCGUGAGUCAGCGCUGAAGGCCCAGAGCGCGCUGCACGAGCAGAAGACCCUCCCCGGGAUGAACCGGCCGAUCCAGGUGAAACCUGCGGACAGCGAGAGCCGAGGAGGUAGUAGCUGCCUGCGCCAGCCCCCUUCACAAGAUAGAAAACUCUUCGUGGGCAUGCUCAACAAGCAGCAAUCCGAAGACGACGUGCGCCGCCUCUUCGAGGCCUUCGGAAACAUUGAGGAGUGCACUAUCCUGCGCGGGCCGGACGGCAACAGCAAGGGGUGCGCCUUUGUGAAGUACUCCUCCCACGCUGAGGCACAAGCCGCCAUCAAUGCUCUACACGGCAGCCAGACCAUGCCUGGAGCCUCCUCCAGCCUGGUGGUCAAGUUUGCAGACACUGACAAGGAGCGUACGAUGCGACGGAUGCAGCAGAUGGCUGGCCAGAUGGGCAUGUUCAACCCCAUGGCCAUCCCCUUCGGGGCCUACGGGGCCUACGCUCAGGCACUGAUGCAGCAGCAAGCGGCCCUCAUGGCAUCGGUUGCACAAGGAGGCUACCUGAAUCCCAUGGCUGCCUUCGCUGCCGCCCAGAUGCAGCAGAUGGCGGCCCUCAACAUGAACGGCCUGGCAGCCGCACCUAUGACCCCAACCUCAGGUGGCAGCACCCCUCCAGGCAUCACUGCACCAGCUGUGCCUAGCAUCCCAUCCCCCAUUGGGGUGAAUGGCUUCACCGGCCUCCCCCCACAGGCCAAUGGGCAGCCUGCUGCGGAAGCUGUGUUUGCCAAUGGCAUCCACCCAUACCCAGCACAGAGCCCCACCGCAGCGGACCCCCUGCAGCAGGCCUACGCUGGAGUGCAGCCGUACGCAGGACCAGCUGCCUACCCUGCUGCCUAUGGUCAGAUAAGCCAGGCCUUUCCCCAGCCACCGCCAAUGAUUCCCCAGCAACAGAGAGAAGGGCCCGAGGGCUGUAACCUGCUCAUCUACCAUCUGCCCCAGGAGUUUGGGGACGCUGAGCUGAUGCAGAUGUUCCUCCCUUUCGGUAAUGUCAUCUCCUCGAAAGUGUUUGUGGAUCGGGCGACUAACCAAAGUAAAUGCUUUGGCCGGCACCCCGUGCCCUCCCGCUGCCAGGCCCCCUCCUGUCAGGGAGGACAGUGUGCAAUAAGCUCCUCCGCCCGCAGGCUUCGUGAGCUUCGACAACCCGGCCAGCGCGCAGACCGCCAUCCAGGCCAUGAACGGCUUUCAGAUAGGCAUGAAGAGGCUCAAGGUGCAGCUGAAGCGGCCCAAAGACGCCAAUCGCCCAUACUGAGCGCCGGCGGGAGCGUCCCCCGGGGGAGACCAGGACUCGCACAGGGCCAGUCAAAUCCACCACAGUCUCGCGCUGAGCUAGGAAUAAAGUUCACGUAAUCACAUGAGAGUGGAGAAAAGUCCCCCAUCCGGCAGGAUGCUGAACGGGCUACAUUAAAAACAAACCUCUCUCUCUCUCUAUUUAUAAAUGAGAACUGUUGGAUGACACCUUUGACAUAUCAGCCAAUACCAGUCAAGCUGAAGACUCCAGACACUCUGUGUGACUGUAACAUUUCUUCAAGGGAAGUAUAGCGUCUAUGGAGUACAGAGGGCACGUGUUUGGGGAAAAAUACACAUGACAUAAAGAUGACGACGACAAAGAAAAAUGAGAUAAAACAAACAAACAAAAUCCCGCAACUUUGAAACAAAAUAACGCGAGCCCAGAUGAGGAAGCUGAAGGGCUGGGCACUGGAAGAGCCACUGCUGCUGCCAACCGAUCCUGGGGCUUUUCCAGCCCGUGGGCGCCUGAGGCAGGCAGAGGCAAGCGUGCAGCGGGGCCUGGUCCCCAGCUGGCGGCUGGGAGGCCGCCACUGAGCAUCUCUGUCAUUCCUUUAGCUAUUUAGGGACCAAAGGACCAAACUUUUUAUUGCAGAUGUGUAGCUCUGUCGGUUAGAGGUGGAAUGGAGGCCAAACUCCUUCCUGCCUCCUGGCUGUUCUUGAAACAGCUUUAGAGCGAUUCUAUGAAAAAUGUAAUAAAAAAAUAAAAAAUAAUAAAAAAAUUUAAAAAUGAACAAAAAAAAAACAGGAAAAAAUAAUGCUUCAACGCUUUUAAAACAGCAAGAUACUAGUUCUUUGAUACUUUGAGAGGCGCUUUGAUUACCCCCAUGAAGUCUCUGAAACUUUCCUAUGGUUUUCUGUAUUAUAUGUCUGGAUGGAGCUGUUAAGAUAAACAUACUGGUGGAUAUUUGGGGAAAGCAACAAAGGUAUUAAAUCAUUAUCCGUGAAGAGUGAGAACACGUGGGGAACCAAGGGACUUCGAAGGCAAGGUAAUUGUUGUGAAAAGUCUGUAAAUGCUUCUAACUCUUCCCCCCUCUUAAAACCAUAAUAGUUGUACAGAAUUUUAAAAGGAAAAGUUUAAAAUACCUAUAUCAUAGAAGAAAAAAAUUAGAGGAAAGCAAAAAAAUAAAAAAGAAAAAAAGAAAAAAAAACCUUAUAGAAGUUAGCGUUAUGCUAAAAUCCCAGAUGUUGUAGGACUGUACUUCUGUAGAGUUUAGACUGAGCAUCGAUCCCGUCUCCCCGCGAGUGCUGUCGGACUCGGUCCCCAGGGGCCAGGCCGGACUGUCCAGACCUGCGGGCUCCAGCCGGAAGCGCCCCUCCGCUAGGAAGCGCCUCUCCGGAAGCGUCCUGCCGCCUCUCGCUUCGCCCGCCCGCCAGCCCGCCCGGGAGCCGCGCGCGUGCGCGCUCUCCGCCCUCCUCACCUCUGCUUCACUCGCCUUCUGUGCUUGUUCCGGAGACUUUCCAGGUCAGGGAGAACUGGGAACUUUUCAUCUUCAAACAACUAGACAACACACACACACACAAAACCUUAAACAAGAGAGAGAAAAACAAACAAUCUUUGAAGAAUUUCUGAAACUGUUUACAAGGAAUUUUGAAAAACAGGGAUGUUUAAAUGAUGCCGGCUCUGUUUUUCUGUAAAUAAAUUUGCAUAUUUUGUAGGACUUUUAAUUGUAAUGAUAGAGAAAAAACAAGGAAACUAUUUAAUGAAAGCACGAUAUUUAUCUUUGGUAAAUGACUUUAGAGCAGUUAAAGACAUUGCUUAAAAAACUCAGAAUCAGAAAAAAACACUGAAUUAUUUAAGAACACAUAUAUUUUAAAGUAUAACAUAUUUAUUAUAAUUUAUUUGCACCCUUGGGAAGACUUGCUUUGCAUUCUGCCUCAAGAGCUUCUCAUUGAUGUUCAUCUGGAGGCCCAGGGGCUCUCGGAACUACCAUUUUUUUUUUCUUUAGAACGACAAAAUUCUGGUUGCUCUCAGGCCUCCUCCCUUUUCUUUCUGUCUUUUCUGUUGUUUUACUUCAUUUAGUUUUCUUUUUCUUUCUCUUGACUCCUCCUUUUAGGAUGUCCAGAUGUUGUAAAAAAAAAAAAAUCAGCUGCAGUUCAGUCAACUGCUCUUUUCACACUGACUCCCGAAACUCCUUGUAACCUUCUGUAACUAUUGGAUGACGCUUUCUCCAGCUUAGCCCUAAAUAAAGCACAGUUUAAAAAAAAA